AUGUCUGACGAUGAGGAUAUGAACUUUGACGAUGAUGAGUACUUUGAUGACGAUGAUGAACAGGCUGAUGACAACAACGAUGAGGAGGAGGAGGGUGUCGAGAUUGAGAAUCAAUACUACAACUCAAAGGGUCUCAUCGAUGAUGACAUCUCAGAGGCAAUAGAAUCAUACGAGAAGGUUAUCGAGUUAGAGAAGGGAGAGAAAGGUGAAUGGGGAUUCAAAGCACUAAAGAAGAUUACCAAGCUUAACUUUAGAAUUGGAAAGUUCGACAAGAUGAUUGAGAGCUACAGACAGUUCCUAUCAUACACCAAGUCCGCUGUCACUAGCAAUUAUAGUGAGAAGGGUAUCAACUCAAUCCUUGAUCUCGUGCCAACUGGUGCAAGCAUUGAGCUUGAUCUCGUUCAACAGGUCUAUGACCUAACACUCAAGUGUCUGCUUGAGGCCAAGAAUGAGAGAGUUUGGUUCAGGACCAACCUAAAGCUCUCCAAACUAUUGUUUGAGAAGGAGGAGUAUGCACGUUUGGCAAAGAUUCUUAGAGAGUUGCACAAGUCUUGUCAGUUGGAGGAUGGAUCAGAUGACCAGAAGAAGGGAAGCCAACUUGUGGACAUCUAUGCCCUUGAGAUUCAAAUGUACACUGCGACCAAGAACAACAAGAAGUUGAAGGAUUUAUAUAAGAAGGCAUUGGAGAUUAAAAGUGCUAUUCCACAUCCAAGAAUCAUGGGUAUCAUUAGAGAGUGCGGUGGCAAGAUGCAUAUGGCAGAGAAGGAAUGGGAGAAGGCUCACUCUGACUUCUUUGAGGCAUUCAAGAACUAUGAUGAGGCUGGAAGCCCAAGACGUAUCCAGUGUCUCAAGUACCUGGUUCUGGCAACAAUGCUGAUGCUGUCCUCCAUCAAUCCAUUCGACUCUACAGAGGCCAAGCCAUACAAGAAUGAUCCAGACAUCCUUGCUAUGACCAACCUCGUCAGUGCCUACGAGCGCAAUGACAUCUAUGCAUUCGAGAAGAUCCUCAGAGACAACAGAAAGACCAUCAUGGAUGACCCAUUCAUCAGAAUGUACAUUGAGGACCUGUUGAAGAACAUUCGUACACAGGUGUUGCUCAAGUUGUUGGAGCCAUACACAAGGAUCAGAAUACCAUUUAUCUCGAAGGAGUUGAACAUCCCUUCCAACGAGGUGGAGGCUUUGCUUGUGACAUUGAUUUUGGACAACAAGAUUCGUGGCUCCAUCGAUCAGGUCAACCAACAACUGGAGCUGGACUCUGCAAAGUCGUCAAGCUACUGGAAGUAUCGCUCCAUUCACAAGUGGGCCACUCAUAUCGGUUCGUUGAACAACACCAUCGCUGGAAAGAUCUCUUCAUAA